AUGGCAUCUUUCAACUUCUCCCUAUCUGACCCUUCAGCAUUUAUCCUAAUAGGCAUCCCUGACCUGCAAGAUGUGCAUAUGUGGAUUUCCAUCCCUUUCUCUACAUUCUACAUUAUCGGCCUUUUGGGAAAUUUCAUGAUUCUGUUUGUUGUAGGCAAAGAGCAGAUCCUACACAAGCCAACGUACCUGCUGCUCUGCAUGCUGGCACUCACAGACAUUGUUAUAUCUACCUCUGUCACGCCAAAGGACCUGUGUAUAUUUUGGUUCAAUUUGAAAGAUAUUACUGUGGGUGGCUGCCUCAUCCAGAUGUUCUUCCUUCACGCAGUUUCUGUUAUGCAGUCAGCUGUCCUCGUGGCCAUGGUCUUUGAUUGCUAUGUCGCCAUAUGUAACCCUCUGAGAUACUUCACCAUCCUCACCAACGCACGAAUAGCUAACAUAGGGCUUGUGGGUUUGAUAAGAGCUGUUCUCUUCUUUCUUCCCCUGUCCCUGCUCCUAAGCAGGCAGCCAUUCUGUGCCAACCGCAUUAUCCCCCACACUUACUGCGAGCACAUAGCUGUGACAAAGAUGUCGUGUGGGGACAUCACAGUCAACAAGAUACAUGGCUUGGUGAUGGCAUUUGUUAUCAUCGGGUUAGAUCUGAUGCUUGUUGCUCUGUCCUACGGUCUGAUAAUCAGGGCCGUCCUCAGAAUCUCCUCUAAGAAUGCCCACCCAAAAUCCCUCAACACCUGCACAGCCCACAUCUGUGUGAUGCUGACAUCUUGUAUUCUUUUCCUCUUCUCCACUUUGACACAUCGGUUUGGUCAGGGCAUCACUCCCCACCUUCACAUUAUCUUGGUCGACCUCUUCUUCCUCAUCCCCCCCAUGCUCAACCCAAUCAUUUAUGGGGUCAAAAGCAAAAAGCUUUGUGAGAAAUUGGGCAAAUGCAUCUGCAAAAGGUGA